GGGCCAGUACUACAGCUGCUCUACGUUUAACAUCCAUUUUGGAACUGAUGCCUUGAUCACACGCCCAAAGGUCCAACAUUUCAAGCAGGGUGGCAAUCUCCUAGUGUUAGGACAUGAAGCUUUAUGCAUUCACCAUCCUUUAUAAGGGUGUGAAAGUUUCAACCCUGAAGGCUGGAUACGACUUGUCAUCAUUUGGCUACUUUCAGAGAAACAGUGUAAAUGAGUUUAUGAGGUUUACUAGUCAGAUCAUUGUGGAGCGAACAUUAGUCGGCUCAAGAGCAUCAGUAAAAGAACAAGGAUACUUGUGUCAUGUGUAUGUACGGGCAGAUAAUCUAUCAGGUGUCAUCAUUAGUGACCAUGAGUAUCCACAGAGAGUAUGUUUUACUCUUUUAAAUCAGGUUUUGGAUGAUUUCACUAACAAAGUUCCUGCAAACACAUGGCAGACUGCAGAAGAAAAAAUCAGCAAGUGAAAGUCAUGAUAAUGAAGAUAUUGAGUUCUGUGAGACUGGUGAAGCUAGUAUGGAAGCAGAAGUAGUGAUUGUCCCACAUAUGUAUGAGCCAGAUGCAUCGGAUGAGGAAGUAAUAGACGCAGGCAACGUUGAAUAAUCUGAGACUAAACAUCGAUUGCCUGAGUGAAUGCAGAAUGGUGUGUUUGCUGCCAAACUAUGACCACGGCAAGAGAAUGUGUGUGCUGCACAGAAAUCCCAGAGGUGGUUGCUAAAAUAGGAGAGGCUCAGAUGAUAAAUGUGAAAUGCUUCACGGAUCACCCUGGUAUGCGAGCCGUGUGUCUUGACCCAUGGAGCGUGCAGGUUGCAUGGUUUGCCUAUCGUCAGCAAUACCGCCGUAAUGCAUUUGAGGGACCUAUGCAUGCAAAGUACCGCCACAUAGCAUACAGACAGUUAGUUCGUUGGUGCUUUGGAUACUUGGGGAGCGACACUAGUGUGGUUUUACCAGCAUGUGCCGUAUCUUGUAUCCGCACGCACUUUCCACCACCAGACGAGGAGCCAUGCCUUUUCAGGGGACUUCAGCCAGCAGCACACCAGCACUUACCACACCUGAACGGAGGCAUGCAUCACCAUCCUUUGCUACGAUCUCAUGGUUAUGAUAGAUGUUAUUGUGAAAUUCUUUUUGCAGCUUAGCUGCCUAUUAAAAUUUGGUAUGUUGACAACUAUUUUUAUGACAAGGUAUUUAUAUUCACAGAAACAUAACUAACUGUCAUUUGGCAAUAUGUAUUGCAACCACAUGUACUAAUUCACUGCCAAACAACGUUUGCACUAAGCAUUACAUUUACCGCUUUAUUCUCCAGAUCAUUGUGAUGAAAUUUGUAAAUAAAAGUAACACAACGUUAACAAA